AUGAGUCGAGGACAAGCAGGCCCACGUAUACAAGUUCCAGACGAUCUUCGGGAAGUUCUGCUUGAAUUUACUAUAAGCUAUUUAUUAGAACAACCAGGUGAUGUCAUAGUUUAUGCAGCAGACUACUUCACCAGACUUAGAGAUGCUCGAACUACCACCAUUCUCUAUGAUGGUGCUGAAGCUGCUCUAGAUGAACCACUCUCACCUGAUGAAUCCACUAUGUCUAGGGAAGAUGAACCGCCGAUCGGCCGAUUCGCCGGCCGUCGCAAGUCCGUCUUCGCGGAGACCUACGAUCCCGAGGAGGACGACGACGACGACGAGAGCGGGCCGCGAGCCGUCGUGCCCAAGUCGGACGAGCAGCGGCAGCGGCUAGCCGAGGCCGUCCGCAACAUCCUGCUGUUCCGGUCGCUGGACGAGGAGCAGACGCAGGAGGUGCUCGACGCGAUCGGCAUCUUCCACGUGCUGGUGUCGGCCGACCCCUCCGAGGAGCCGAAGCACGUGCACACGUACGAGCACAGCGGCAGCUUCGGCGAGCUGGCACUGCUCUACAACAUGCCGCGCGCCGCUACCGUGCGCGCCGCCACUGACGGCUCGCUGUGGGCCAUGGACCGGCAGACGUUUAGGCGCAUCGUGCUCAAGUCGGCGUUCAAGAAGCGGAAGAUGUACGAGGCGCUGAUCGAGAGCGUGCCGAUGCUGAAGACGCUGCAGUCAAGUUUCCCUCAUGGCGAAAGAAUAAUCAAACAAGGAGAUGCAGCUGACGGCAUGUACUUUGUAGAACAGGGUGAGGUAGUGAUAAGUGUCCUGGACGAUAGCGGAAAAGAGGUCGAGAUCAAUCGUAUCAGCAAAGGUGGAUAUUUCGGCGAACUAGCUUUGGUCACGCAUCGUCCGAGAGCUGCUUCUGCAUUCUGUGAUGGAGAAGUGAAGUGUGCAUUCUUGGACGUGGAAGCUUUCGAAAGGCUGCUAGGUCCGUGCAUGGAGAUCAUGAAGCGGAACAUAAACGACUACGAGGAACAAAUGCUUAAAAUAUUCGGCACGAAACACAAUAUCAAGGAUAUCCGAUGA